AACCUCAAGAAGCACAUGAGAAUCCACACUGGUAAAAAGCCCUACAGCUGUGACCACUGUGGUAAAACCUUUAGCCAGGCUAGCAGUUUCAGAGCUCAUAGCAGGAUCCACACUGGAGAGAAGCCCUACAGCUGUGACCUCUGUGAUAAAACCUUUAGCAGAGCUAACAAUUUCACAGCUCACCGCAGAAUCCACACUGGAGAGAAGCCCUACAGCUGUAACCUCUGUGGUAAAACCUUUAGCAGGGAUAGCAGUUUGACAGUUCACCGCAGGAUCCACACUGGAGAGAAGCCCUACAGCUGUGACCUCUGUGAUAAAACUUUUAUCCGGCUUGGGGAAUUGACAGUUCACCGCAGGAUCCACACUGGAGAGAAGCCCUACAGCUGUGACCUCUGUGGUAAAACCUUUAGAUGUGGUAGCCAUUUCAGAUCUCAUAGCAGGAUCCACACUGGAGAGAAGCCCUACAGCUGUGACCUCUGUGGUAAAACCUUUAGCCUGACAGCUUUGACCGUUCACAGCAGAAUCCAUACUGGAGAGAAGCCCUACAGCUGUGACCUCUGUGGUAAAACCUUUAGCCAUGCUAGCAGUGUCACGGUUCACCGCAGGAUCCACACUGGAGAAAAGCCCUACAGCUGUGACCUCUGUGGUAAAACCUUUAGCCGGGCUGACCAUUUCAGAGUUCACCACAGGAUCCACACUGGAAAAAAGCCCUACAGCUGUGACCUCUGUGGUAAAACCUUUAGCCAUGCUAGCAGUGUCACAGUUCACCGCAGGAUCCACACUGGAGAGAAGCCCUACAGCUGUGACCUCUGUGGUAGAACCUUUAGCCGGGCUGACCGUUUCAGAGUUCACCACAUGAUCCACACUGGAAAUAAGCCCUACAGCUGUGACCUCUGUGAUAAAACCUUUAGCUGUGCUAGCAGUGUCACAGAUCACAGCAGAAUCCACACUGGAGAGAAGCCCUACAGCUGUGACCUCUGUGGUAAAACCUUUAGCCAGGCUUCCAAUUUGAGAACCCACAGCAGAAUACACACUGGAGAGAAGCCCUACAGCUGUGACCUCUGUGGUAAAACCUUUAGCCAUGCUAGCAGUUUGAGAAAUCACAGCAGAAUCCACACUGCAGAGAAGCCCUACAGCUGUGACCUCUGUGGUAAAACCUUUGGCCAGGCUGGCCAUUUCACAGUUCACCUCAGGAGCCACACUGGAGAGAAGCCCUACAGCUGUGACCUCUGUGACUAUUCAGGUAAAUCAAAGGUCCAUCUAAAGAGUCACCUUUGUGUCCACAGUAGAAAAACCCCAAAGCAGUGAUGUCUGGGGCCAAGCUGUCCCAGCAGUCACCACCUGAAAGAACUUCUGGACGACCCACAGCUGGAAGAACUACCGGCCUUCAACUAAAACAUCUAAUAUCCUCUGCUGUUAGACACAUGCAAACAGGGCGAGGGACGUAACAGCCUGCGUUCUGCACCUGUCUUUCACCAACUGUCUUUGGAGGAGGGGAGCACUGAACUGCUCCUCCCAAGGUUUCUUCUAUUUUUUCUCAAAUUUGCUUUGUCUUCCUUGAGGGUUUUGGUUGGUUGAGGGGCAGUUCUAUGGGCGUAUGUGAAGCCCUCUGUGACAUUGCUUGUAAAAAUGGCUAUACAAAUAAAUUGUAUUUGAAUUGAUGAUUACUCGUCCAAUGCACACUGAUCUUUAUCCAUUGUUGAAGAAUACGGACACACUUCUCUGUAUUUACAUUUACAAGUAAAGGGUCAAGAGACUAGAUGGUUCUGAAACAAAAGGGUUUAUUGUCCUAUUUUUCAGAUUAUAGCCUGAUAACAAUGCAGUUUACACACUUCUUGCCUACCUCACUGGAAGAUGAAGACUGGAACAGAGAUGUGUUAAACAUAGGGCUGGGCAGUAGGCAUAUGUCCUAACAUUUACAAAACUGUAUAAUUUUGUAGCACGGACGGUAACUAGGCGGUAACUAUCACGAUAGAUGAGUUUUUCUUAUUUUUUUUGUCCAUUUUUUUUCUUUAGUUUCAAAAGAAUGCAAUCUGCACCGGCCAUAAUCUGCCGCACUUGGCCGGGUUUAGAUGGAGUAGGCUACGGCAGGUUUGUCACAUCAAAUGGAAUUUGUCUGCAGUGCUUUGCUACGGAAGAAGAGCUAACAUGUAGCUUUCAACAGUAGCCUACUUUUAUGGGAUCGGAAGAAAACUUUGUUCAAUAUUUGUAGUAAGCUGGUGGUAACAAAUCUCUACAAUAAACAUUUCACAAUUCUAACAAACCUUUAAGUCUCUGUAGACGUCGGAAGUUGUGUCAUUUAAAAACGGAAAGAUGAAGGUAGAAAACGAUGGUCUCCAUCUAUACAACACUGAUUAUGAGGACGCAGAAGAUUGAUUGCAAAGUUUGCGUAGAUUGCUUGCGAUAUUUGGGUUUAAGUUCCAUACAGUAGUUUUAUGCCAUGCCUGGUGUACCCAUUUCUAUUUGUAAAAGGACACUGAAACGCACAUUCAUAUAAGCACAUAAAAUGAAUUAUGUAAAUGCUAGUGUUUUAACUUCAGGAUUCAUUUAAGUGGGUGUAUACAGGUUCAACAGCAUGGGCCUGGGGCAAGGCCCCCUGAUGCAAUCACCCAUCCCUACCCCCCACCCCUUCCCGAGUACCAUAUCGCUGGUGUGUUUUAGUCAAAAUAUAUAUAUAUAUACAUAUAGGUAUUCAGGGGCCUUAAGCAAAAUUGAUUUGGGGGCCCCUCUGCGUCGCUUAUCGUUGCCGAUA